AUGGAUGCGAAAGGUCCAGCAGCGCCGGCGCCCGAGACCAAGGAUGAAAGUUUUGAUCCGCCGUCAGAAAUUGCAGAGGAACCAACGACACAUGGAAGAGACCUCAACAUCCACCCUGGUAACCUGCAAUGGGUUCUCUCAGCGGCCUCAGUCGCCAACGCUUGUUCAUUACCUCUCUGGGGACGACUCGCAGAUAUAUGGGGCCGGCGCUUCGUCUUCCAGUUUGGGCUGGCUAGCUUUUGUAUUUCCUGCCUUAUUGCGCCUUUUGCACCCAAUGAGGUUUCAUUCUGUUUCUUUCGCGUCCUCCACGGACUGGGAGGAGCUGCCGCAGUGCCAAGUGCCGUAAGCAUUAUCUUUGAGGUGUUCCCGCCGGGUAAACCCCAAAUCUAUGCCAUGUCGGUAUUUUCGGCUGGAUUCCCUCUAGGUAGCCUCAUAGGGAACAUACUUGGAGGAGUCAUCGCUCAGCAAGUCAACUGGCAUUGGGUGUUUUGGAUUAUGAGUAUUGCCACGGCUUGUUCAUGGCUCACGUCACUGUUUGUCGUGCCAUUCUUAGCCAAGGAUGCUGAGAUUAGGGAAGUAUCACUCCAAAAGCGGUUUUACUACCUCUGGGUUGAGAUGGACUGGGUUGGCCUCCUACUUUCCCUUGUUAUUUUGAUGCUCUUCCUUGUGUCUCUAACUGCCGGAAACGUGGUUGGAUGGACUUCACCUUGGGUUCUUACGCUGCUCAUUGUCUCUUGCUUAAUUCUUCCUGUGUUCAUCAAAUGGGAGCACUGGUUAGAGAAUACAGCCAAACGACCGCCCCUGAUAAAACUAUCAAUUUUCCACUCGCCGAUAUACCGUGGAGCACAGAUCAUUGACGCGAUCUUUUGGGCUGCAUUCAACAAUUUUCUCGUCUUCGCGAGUUACUUUUACCAAGACUAUCAAGGCCUAGACGUCCUUCAGACAACUCUGCGCUUCCUUCCAAGUGGGAUUGCUGGUAUAAUAGCCACCCUUAUUUCUUCUCAGGUACUGAGCCGCGUCGAUGGAUACUACAUGGUAUUAUGGUGCACUGCGUGCAUCUCGGUUGCUUGUCUGCUCUUUGCCGUGCCUAUACCUCCCGACACGACCUACUGGGCUUACGGAUUUCCCUCAAUGGUCCUGUUAACGGUUGGCGGGGACAUGCUUUUUCCCUGCAUCUCGAUUUUCGUAAUGAAUUCGAUCCCAGAGAAAGACAGAGCGGCGGGCGCGGCCAUCUUCCAGACUCUAGGCCAAGUUGGCAGGAGUGUCGGCCUAGCUGUGGCAACUGCUAUCCAGAUUGCUGUGAUAAAUGAUAACACGGGACAGAACGGCACCUAUAGACCCCAUAACGAGAGUUUGUUAAGAGGAUUAAGAGCUGCAGAGUGGUUCAACUUCGCCAUCAGUGUUACGGCAUUGGCAGUGGCAGCUUAUUCAUUCAGAGGUGCUGGAAAGUUGAACAAGUAA